AUGGCCGCCACUGCGCGUCAAGUCGACGAGACGUUCUCGUCUUCCAACUUGGCGAAAGACAAGUUCACCAACAUUGACCACGCCGAUAUUCCUUUUGAGAAAGAAGAAUGGCCUGUCAUUAUCAUUGGUUCCAGUAUGGUUGGCAAGACUCUGGGCCUCUUGCUCGGAUAUCAUGGUGAAGCUGAUUCCUCCAGUAUCAAGUCAAUUUCGUUUGACCGUCACCCCGCUGCGGGUACUCAUCCUCGCGCCGCUGGUUUGAACUUUCGCACAAGCGAGAUUCUCCGUCAACUGGGCCUUGAACAGUUUACUCUACAGCAGAGUGGAAAGGAAUUUGACCUUAACGCUGGCAUGCUUCUAGUGGAGAAGCUAGUCGGGGGAAAGGUUCUCAAGCACCUCCAGGAACACGACCCCGAGAAGGUCAAGAACAUUACGCCAUCGAGCUGGGUCUGGAUCUCGCAGCGGAUGUUUGAACCCAUCCUUGGCGCCAAUGCAGACAAGUACGACAGUAUCCAACUCCACGGGCAUGACGUACUUCUCUAUGAGGAGCAAGAAGAUGGAGUCAUUGUCGUCGUCAAGGAACUCAACUCUGGUAAGAUCAAGAAGUUCAAGGCAACUUAUGUGGUUGCCUGCGAUGGAAACCGAAGCCCAACCCGACAAAAGGAGGGCAUCUCCUGGGAUGGACCAGGUGUUCUGCGAAACAGCCUGAGCGUGAGCUUCAAGUCCGAUCUGAGUCCCUUCAUCGGCAAGAGGAUGGUUCACGGCGUCAUCUACGUUGCGAAUGAGAAGAUCGGUGGAGGUUUCCGCCUAGAGAAUGAAGGCAAGCAGGGUCUGCUCAUGGUCAACAAUGUCGGCACGAAGGGUGAUUUCCCACCAGGAUCUGUCACUGUGGAAGAGGCCAAGCAAUACUUUUACGACUGCUCGGGUCUCACUCCGGAUCAAAUCACUCCCGAUCUACAAACCAUGAACUACUGGACCAUGGCUGCGUAUACGGCUGGUCGAUUGAACAGCAAGGGUGGACGAGUCUUUCUUGCUGGCGAUGCUGCUCACAUUAUGCCACCAACAGGAGGGCUGGGCGGCAACACUGGAAUUGCUGAUGCGCACAAUCUUGCCUGGAAGCUUGCCUAUGUCCUAACAGGAAAGGCCUCGCACUCUCUCCUCUCUUCAUACAACUCUGAGAGGCAACCCAUAGACGAGUUCACUGUUCUUGAGGCAUACAGCCGGUUUCAGAACCGAGUUGUCGUACAACACCCGGCUGCCCCCGAAGCCCCAGAUGUUGCCAUCGAGCUCGGCUAUAGGUAUCCCAAGGGUGCCUUUGUUUCAGAGGAGGGUCAUCAAGUUCCAAAGGAGCUGUACGACGAUCCUUAUCAACCAACUGCUGUCCCAGGAUCCAGGUUCCCGCAUGCUUUUCUCCGGGACACUAACAACCCUGGGAAGAAAAUCUCGACCAUCGAUCUCGUCAAGAGGAACUUUUUGCUCAUCACCAUCGACCCCGAUUCUCCUUGGAUCCAAGCCGCCACUGAAAGUCCCAUUGACCUUGACGUCCAUACUCUGAAUGCGACUUCCACCCCAUAUACAGAUUUAGAGGGGGCUGUAGAAGAAAAGUGCCGCUUGAAGGUUGGUCUAGCCAAGGACAUGGGGAGCAGCUGA